UCAGCCUGCAGAGUUGCCAUUGCUUGCAUGGGCUGGAGGACUAGAGACUUCAUCAUAGGCACACAAGGGUUCAUGUCUGGCAUCAGGGAAACCUUAAUGUGCCUGGUGAGAAUGGUCACACUGCAGGCCCCAGACAAGGUCCCUGAGCAGGGGCCAGCGACCUCUGUGGCAAGCUGGCUGAAGGUGGUGGUGAGAGAUACGCUGAGCCCCUUCUCCCUGUCACUACCAUCCAGGCAUGUGAGCCUGCUCAGCCAGUACUUCUGCUUCUGGAAGGUACAGUGGGACAUGCUGCACAGCAUCCAUCUCUCGCUGCAGCUCUAUACUGACAUGUUCUUCUACUGGGCCCAGAACCUGCUCCUAGGCUACAUGCUGCUGCUGCUGCUUCUGUGGGAGUUUUCCAAGAAAGCCCAGAAAUGUGUUCAGAGGCAGAUGUUGCUCAGCUUGCGGACACUGGAGAGACAGCUCAUCACCACACAGAUGCUGCUGAAGAUCUGCUACUUCCACCUGAAGAGUCUGCUGGAUCUGGUCACCUGGGGACCGGCCUACUUAAUUGCCUGGGUCACUUGCCUUGUGUCCUGGCUUCUGCAAGCUGCCUUUGAGCAUACAGUCAGGGUGGCUGGUGUGGAGGAAGAGAAUAAGGCCCUGGAGGUGGAGCAGUACUAAAGGAGAUUUCUUUCCUGGUAGAGGAAGAUCUAGUCUAAGUUCUUUCUUUUAGUGAGUUUUAUAAACCCCGCUGAAAAGGUG